CCAUAUUCACACCUAUGUCUUAGGUAAGGUAGAUUUAAAUAGUAAGCCUAGUUCAGGUAAACUGGGUUUAAAUCCCAUUUGAGCUGAGUUCACUUUGAACUCACCUGUGUUUCACACUUAAAAUAAAACUUGUUUCACCUGAACCUCUGUUUUGUUUGCUUUAUUCAUUUGGUAUUGCAUGUACAAUGGCUGGGAAGAAAGGUCCUCAUUUUACUGAACUCGAAAAGUGUACGCUUAUUGAUUUAGUGGGGUCAAAAAAGGAUAUAAUUGAAAACAAAGCUACUGAUUCUAAAAUGAUCCACAAGAAAAAUUUGGAAUGGGAAAACUUAACAAAGGAAUUCAACAGUAGAAAUGGAGUUAAUAUCAGGACAUGCAAUCAGCUUAAAUCAUUAUGGAAAAAUUUGAAAUCAAGAAGCAAGUCAGCUGUGGCGAAGGAAAGAAGAGAAAGAUCAAAAACUGGUGGUGGUGUUGUAGAAGGGACAAUUGACAAGCUCUCUUCAGCAGUUAGAGAGAUAAUUCCUCAGCAAAUUAAUAGCUGUGAGAAUGCAUUUGAUGACGACGCAGAACUUCACGGGGAUGUAGAUAACUUCAAUGAGUCGCCAGGUUCAACAAGUGCUUGUAAUCAGCAACCCCCAGAAAAAAAUCCUGAUGUGUCUGUAUCAGAACCACAAGCACCCAUGUCACCAGUAACAGUAAGCACCCAGACAAUGACCACAUCCAAAUCCACAACUGCAUCCAAGAGAAAAUGUGUGGAGCAGGAAGACGUCAAGAAGAAGAUGCUGGAGAUGGCAGAAGAAGAACAUCAACUGAAAAUGGAGAUACUGCAUUUGAAAAAACAAUAUAUAGAAGCAAAAAUUCGCAAACUUGAAGAAGUUAGUUCCAACAAAGAUGGAAACAACAACACUAAUCACAAUCAAAAUAAUGAUAAUACAUGUGCACAGAUAUGGCAGCCAUUCAACUUUUGA